GAAAGGAGAGAGGAGCCCGAGGCGAAAAAGUAGCUGUCAAAUGCGCGGCUCCUUUAACCAGAGCGAUCAGUCCGGCUCGGAGAGUCAUGGCGACCACAGCGUCUAACCACUACAGCCUGCUCACCUCCAGCUCCUCCAUGGUGCAUGCGGAGCCGCCGGGGAGCAUGCAGCCGGGCGCCGGCUACAGGGAUGCACAGACGCUGGUGCAGGCGGACUACACGCUGCAGAGCAACGGGCACCCGCUCAGCCACGCUCACCAAUGGAUCACGGCGUUGUCCCACGGUGGGGGAGGCGGCGGCGGCGGCGACUCGCCCUGGUCCACCAGCCCCCUGGGCCAGCAGGACAUCAAGCCCUCGGUGGUGCAGUCCGGGGGCCGGGGGGACGAGCUGCAGCAGCACCAGCAGCAGCAGCAGCACCAACAGCAGCAGGGGAGACCGCCCCACCUGGUGCACCACGCCGGCAGCCACCACGCCGCCGCCGGGGCAUGGAGGACGGGCGCCUCGGCUCACCUGCCGCCCAGCAUGGCCUCCUCCAACGGGGGGCAAGCGGGACUGCUCUACUCCCAGCCGCCGGGCUUCACGGUCAACGGGAUGCUGAGCUCCGGCCAGCCGGGCUUGCACCACCACGGCCUGAGGGAUGAGCAGCAGCAGCACCACGGGGGAGAGCACCCCGGGGGGCACCCGCAGCAGCACCCUCCGCACCAGCAGCAGCAGCACCCCGGGGGCGGCGGCGGGGGCCACCACGACCCCCACUCGGACGAGGACACGCCGACCUCGGACGACCUGGAGCAGUUCGCCAAGCAGUUCAAGCAGCGCCGGAUCAAACUGGGAUUUACCCAAGCGGACGUGGGCUUGGCCCUGGGCACCCUAUACGGGAACGUCUUCUCGCAGACCACCAUCUGCAGGUUCGAGGCCCUGCAGCUGAGCUUCAAGAACAUGUGCAAGCUGAAGCCUUUGUUGAACAAGUGGUUGGAGGAGGCGGACUCGUCCUCUGGCAGCCCCACCAGCAUAGACAAGAUCGCAGCCCAGGGGCGCAAGAGGAAAAAGCGCACCUCCAUCGAGGUGAGCGUCAAGGGAGCCCUGGAGAGCCACUUCCUCAAGUGCCCCAAGCCCUCUGCCCAGGAGAUCACCUCGCUGGCGGACAGCCUACAGCUGGAGAAAGAGGUGGUGCGAGUGUGGUUUUGUAACAGGAGACAGAAAGAGAAACGCAUGACUCCCCCGGGAGGGACUCUGCCCGGAGCCGAGGAUGUAUAUGGGGCAAGUAGGGACACUCCACCACACCACGGGGUGCAGACGCCUGUGCAGUGA